GAGAGCGGCCGCUUUUGCCUGCGCAUCCGGAAGCCGCGCGGGUGCCGACCGGAGGAAAUGGAGGCAAAGAGGAAAGAGAGAGAAGCGCGAAGGGGAGACGCGGCGCAGUGAAGCCGCCCGGGGAUCUCCGCUGCCAGUGUCCGGCGUCAGAUCCUGCUUGUGCUGGGGGGUGAGGUUUUGGUGGUGAUGGUUCUGGACCCAGGUGGGGGCUGUAUGGAUCGGAUUGGGAGGAACAGCGGAGGGGAUCUGCUGGAGACGGAAGACGGAGCGCGUCCACCCUCAGCCAGCGCCGCCAAGAAACCGCAGGCUGCACCCGCCAACUUUAGUCCCUCCUCCAACCCUCAAGCCACACCCACCAACUUUAGUCCCUCCUCCAACGCUCAAGCCACACCCACUAACUUUAGUCCCUCCUCUAACCCUCAAGCCACACCUGCCAACUUUAGUCCCUCCUCCAACGCUCAAGCCACACCCGCAAACUUUACUCCCUCCUCCAACCCUCAAGCCACACCCACCAACUUUACUCCCUCCUCCAACCCUCAAGCCACACCCUCCAACUUUAGUCCCUCCUCCAACGCUCAAGCCACACCCGCAAACUUUACUCCCUCCUCCAACCCUCAAGCCACACCCACCAACUUUACUCCCUCCUCCAACCCUCAAGCCACACCCUCCAACUUUAGUCCCUCCUCCAACCCUCAAGCCACUCCCACCAACUUUACUCCCGCCUCCAACCCUCAAGCCACACCCGCAAACUUUACUCCCUCCUCCAACCCUCAAGCCACACCUGCAAACUCUAGUCCCGCCUCCAACCCACAAGCCACACCCACAAACUCUAGUCCCGCCUCCGCCCCUCAAACCACACCCAUCAAAUCUAGUCCCACCGCCACACCUCGAACCACACCCAUCAAAUCUAGCCCCCCCUCCACACCUCGAGCCACACUCAUCAACGCUAGUCCCUCCAAACCCCGAGCCAUAGCCACCAACUCUAAACCGGCCUCCAAACUGCAGGCCACACCCACCAACAACUCUGGUCCUGUCACAAAAAAGCAUGUCACGCCCACCACCAACUCUAGCCCCGCCUCCAAACUACAAGCCAAAGUCCCCGGUGUCCAGACCCAGACGGGGCAGGUUUCCCACAACGGACCUGCGUUCCAUCCCGAACCCUCUGGCUGCCGUGCGGCCCCUGCGGUGGAGCGGAGGUCAUUAAAAGGCGGGACGAACCCGAGACCGCUGCUCCGUCGCCCUCUGAGCCUGGAGAUUACCCCACAGCGCCAGCUUGCGGACGGGCGUGUCUUGCAGCCGCCCUGGCGCAGUGGAGCCGCCGCCCCCUCCCCCCCCGCCCGCAGCUUAACCAGCCCCAGCCUGGGCAGCGGGGGAUGGAUGCGUCGCAGUGGGAGCACCUGCUCUGUAAACUUCCCCCUGAGGGCCAAAGGUCAAAUACGACCCGCCACAUCACUGCCACAUAUCGCUAGGGCUGCUGGGAACCCCUCACUGCCCUCCUCCCCCCGGCCCUGUUUGCUGGUGGCCCUGCGGCCCCUGAACCUGGAGCAGGAGAAGGAGGCAUUUUUCCGCGCAGACUACAAGUACGAGCCUCAGUUUGAGUACGCCCAGCCGGAGCCCAGCGCCGUGCUGGAAAAAUACAAGGAGGGCUCAGCUCUCUUCCUGGACCAGGCAGUGGGAAUCAUGGAGUGUGUCCUCAGCAGAUUUGGCUCCUAUGAGAACUUCGAGGAGGUGACGGGAGGGAGCGUUCUCCCUAAAAGUCGGGUGUGGGCAGCGGUGAGGAAAUACCUGCAGAAGGAGGGCUGUGUGGGCGAGGUGGUGGUGUGUCUGUCUGAGGAGCUUCUUUCUCAGGCUGUGAUGAUGGUGGAAAGCUGCCGGCCAACUCUCACCAUAAACCUGGCCGGGGCUCGACAGCACUGGCUGGAAGGGAUGCUGAGACAUGAAAUAGGCACUCACUAUCUACGCGGGGUGAACAACAGUCUGCAGCCGUGGGCCACCGCCACCGGCAGGAAGCAGUUUGGACUCAAACCGGCCAAUCCCACGGAGGAAGGCCUGGCCAGCCUGCACAGCGUGUUGCUACGAAAACAGCCCUACCUUUGGCGUGCCGCUCUGCUGUACUACACCGUCUACCACGCCGCCAGCAUGAGCUUCAGCAAGCUCUUCUCUCACAUAGGUCGCUUCGUCCACGACCCUGCCGUGCGCUGGGAGUACUGCCUCCGCGCCAAGAGGGGGCAGACUGACACCUCAAAGCCAGGCUGCUUCAGUAAAGACCAGGUCUAUUUGGACGGAAUCCUGCGGAUCCUACGACAUCGGAGAACCAUCGACUUCAAGAUGCUGACCUCUCUCGGCAAGGUUGUGACCUUUCCCCUCCCCACCGUUCCCCUCCCAGGUGUCCUACGAGGACGUGGAGCGGCUGCGGCACGCGGCGGUGCUUCGCAGGGCCCGGAUUCCUCACUUCAUGCAGGAUCAGGAACGCUACCUGCAACAUCUGGACCACAUCGUCACCAUCAACCAGCUGGAUGACGCUGAGCUGCAGCAUCUUCUACCGUGACCCUGUGACUCCACCCCCACCCCCCCCCCACACACACACACACACACACAGUGAACCCAAGCAGGGGUCAUACGGUGUUCUGUUAUCUCUGACAUACUGUAUACCACUAACGCUUUUAUCUGGACCCAUUUUAAAACUUGAACGGUAUAACCUGUGGGAUACAAACAUAAUCACCUCCACCGACAUUUCAGAUUAUCUAUCACCAGUGUUUAAUGCAUGUCUGUGAGGCUUCUCCCCCUGGCUAGGUAUUGUACGAGCUCCGCCGUACCCUCACUUCUCACUCUGAAGGAACCUCAACGUGCCCUCUGUAGGAGGUGGCCCAUUAUCAUGUAUGUAGACCCCUCCAUGCACACGCAGAAUGUCACUGGACACGAAGCCUGUACGGGAGGACGCGUUCAGCUCUUGUGCAGUAUUACAUUCAUGAUCAUUUAAUUUAUGCAAUUAUUUAUGUUUUAUGUUUACUUUGCUUUUUAUACCGUUUUUUUUUUUUCAGACAACAGACUGAAUGUGCUUGGUAUCAGCUUUAUAUCAAAACCUUUUAAAAGUCAAGCGUUUUAUGCCUUACGUUGUUUGCAUUUGGAAAAGGGCACCAAGGAUUCCCGUGCUAAAGAUCCAACGGGAAACCGUCAAACUGAGACCAUUAAUCUCUGAAGUGCCAAUGGACUCAGACCAGUAUUAAAACUCAGACCAGUAUUAAAACAACACUGGGAACUUUUAUGCUCGGUGUUAGCAGUGAGAUGGCCGACCCGUUUGAUAGAGUAUAAAGAACAUCCUUGGUGGCCUUUUAUUUCGAGGCUACUGUGAUGUGACCCGGUUCUGUUUUAGAGCCAUCUGCCUGGCAAUCAAACUUCUUUUUGGAGCGCUGACAUGACUGACAGAUGACUAUAGUGUUCCGCCAGAAUCUGUGACCCAUCAGAUUAUGUGACCCCGCUUGUAGUUAAAGCGUGCUCUUUGAGACGGGACGUGGGCGGGUUAAAUUCAGGGAUGUUGCAGAUGUUUGGGUGUAGGCAUUAGGCCGGAGACGGUUCGUUUCCGGCGUGGGUUUGGCGUGGUUAAGCUUGAUUAGCAUGUGAGGGGGCAGCCAGAAUAGCCCGGUCACAUAAUCUGACGGGUCACAGACUGUGGUGUAACACCGGCACGGCAUUUUAGCGGCACAUCGUGCCAGCCAGCCAGAGCAGCUCCUUCUUCUGGCCGGGCGUGAGACCGGCGGGGUACGGAUUUGAAAGCAGGGGUGUUGCAGGCGUGCCUUCGAUGGGUUCAGAACUCAUCUGCUUGUAGCGAGCCAUGUGUUUUUAUGGGCUGCUUUUCUCAUAUGUUCAUCACUUUAGGCGUUAACCCAGGGCAUUCGUUUAGCGGCUCAAGCCGUCUGUGCGCCGGUGGAUACACGUCGUAGAAGCCGGACAAGACGGGACGAAGAACUCGAGCUCUCCUCCAGAAUGUGAAACCAACCCACCACCCUUUUUUGAAUAUUUUACCUUUGAUAAAAGUGAACAUGUAACUGCAAAAUUGUUCUUCUGCUUCGUUUACUAACGUGUCUCCAAGGAGAGCAGAAGUAUUUUAAAUGACGAGUAAGGUGUCCGCUGACUCGCUGGCCAGUCUGCUGACAAAGCUUAAGCCCAGGUUUACCUAAACGAAUGCACCUAUUUGUAUUGCACGAAUGUUGCACAUGUACUUUUUUUUGGAUUGGGAAAAUCAUCUUGUACUUCCAGGUUAUUAAAAUCACAACUGU